UUUCUUCAAUACUUGGUUGGAUCGAAUUACGAAUCUUCUACUCAUUCCAUUUGUAGUCCAUAUACCGCUAGGGUACUGAAGCCAUUUAUAUGGAGAGAUUACUCCUCAACUCCUCUGAAGCUCCAAUUAUUACAAGAAAUAACUUCCUAUCAUCAUAAAAGUAUUUUUACUCCUGCUCCCAUUGAUUACUGUUAUGUUAGACCUCAUCAUAUUCCGAUUGUGAAUAGUUUGUGUCGAGAAUUUUUUUGGCCUGGAAUAGAUUUGUCAGAAUGUUUAGAGUAUCCGGAUUUUAGUGUUGUAGCUCUUUAUCGGAGGCUUAUUGUAGGCUUUGCAUUUAUGACACCGGAUGUGAAAUAUCAUGAAGCUUACGUCUCAUUUAUUUUCGUGCAUCCCGAUUGGCGAAGAGCUGGUAUUGCAACAUUUAUGUUGUACCACCUGGUUCAGGUUGGUAUAGGAGCGUACGUUAUUGUGAUAUUUAAGGAUCCUGGCAUGAUCGCUUUAAUAUGA